CUAAAAUUAAGCCCGAACAGGGAGUACGUCGGGUGAAAGUGGUGAUCGUUCUGAACGCGUAUUGAUGAGCAAUGACCAUUACAUAAAAAUGUGAUCAGCAGAAUAUCUCACCAUCCCGAUUCCCUCACCGUCUCCCCUGCUUCGUCACAAGCAUUCAAGCAACCUUCUUUCAGCUCAAUUCCCUGCCAAGCUUGAACAAGUUUACGUGUUCUAUUUCUUUACUGAAAACUCUUACUGAUCCAUGGCGAUUUUGGGCAGAUCAGUUGCGAGAUGCCGAUGGCGGUUCGGGAAUUCGAUGCGCGGAUUUUGUUCGACGCCCUCUUUAGAUGCAGAAAAGAAGCUUGCAGCGGCAGUCCAGACCGGGCAGCAAGUCAAGGGCAGAAAUGUCCAGUGGGUGUUUCUUGGCUGCCCCGGCGUAGGCAAGGGCACCUAUGCCGCUCGCCUCUCGAAUCUUCUCGGCGUUCCUCAUAUCUCAACCGGAGAUCUCGUCCGUCAUGAGCUCUCCACCAGUGGUCCUCUCUCCGCCCAGUUGGCAGAGAUUGUAAACCAAGGGAAACUGAUUUGUGAUGAGAUCAUAAUAAAUCUACUGUCAAAGCAACUUGAGGCCGGUGAAUCCAAGGGUGAAACGGGUUUCAUUCUUGAUGGAUUUCCCCGAACUAUAAGACAGGCGGUGAGCAGCAUUUUUGCAGUAAUUUGCUGAAAUAUUAAAUUUAUACCUAUGGCAUGUGCCGCAUGUCCAUUGUCCUCUAGAUAUCUAGCCUAGCAUAAGUUCAGAACUUUUGUGUCUACACAUGCAGUUAUAAUCUUCACACAUAUUUUUAAUGUCCGUCCCAAAUUCAUCUCUCCUUUCUAUAUAAGGUAGGUAUUAUGUGGCUCAUAUUAUUCCUCUAUCUUCAAUUAAAUCUUAAUCAUACAACUCUAUUUUUUAAAACUGCGUGAUCGGUCAAGUUCGGUGUUUAUUGAAGGACACAGGGAGUAUCUUUCUUUUAUGUCACUACUAUUUAGCGUGAUUACAGACUCUGAAUUGCACAAAAUAUAAUUGUGGUGGACCCAUUAUGAUCCUCCUUAAUAGUUAAUAUCAAUGAGAAUAACACAUGGGGUGCGGUUCCAAUGAGAACAAGGCUUAUCGUGAGAACGUGAGAACAGUCACUUUUACCCCAUGUGAUGCACAAUGGGGCACGCGUAUUGCACUUUUUUAACUUUGAUCAAAUAAAGCCAAUAUAAAAAAUAAGACAGUGGCAUUUUGGUAAAUAUUAUGCCAAUGCGAAAAAGUGCAAUAAACGUCCUCAUGAUAAGACUUGUUCUUAUUUGAUCCACAAUAAUAAUGCAUGUGUGUAUUUGUUUAAAUGUAUGUCAGUGGGUAUGUAUGUGACAUGCAAAUCUUUAUCUUGAUUGACACUUUACUAGAUCUCUUUUGGCUAAUACCAUGCAAAUGGCUAAGUAUGAACUAUGAAGUAGUAUAACAUAUUGCAUACAGAUUUUUGUAAAGACUGUUUGAUUGUUUUAAAACUGAAGUAUUAUUCAUCAGUGAAAAACCAAUCAUAAUAUCACAGUUUUCCCCUGAAAUUUGUUCUAUUUGGUUGUCAUGUAGUAGCAAAUUGUAUGCAGAUUUUUUAAAGACUUUUGAUUGUUUUUCCCUGAAAUUUGUUCUAUUUGGCUGUCAUGCUAUAUGAAGUCAUUUUCUUACUUGAUGUCAGAUAAUUUGUUUCCUCUUAAACUUGAUAAAGAAUGUUAUUUAUAUUUUUUCUCAUUUUAGUUUUUCAUGCUACAGCUUACCUGUGAAUUAAACGCUUAAUGUGGAUUUAUAUGAAAAAUUAUGAUCAUAACUAUUUUCCUUAGUGGCGAACCAAUUACCACUGCUUUCUGUGUAGUCCCACUGAAAUGGGAUUGUCAAUUUCUUUUACAUUUCCUUAAUUCCUAACCUGCCCUUGAUGUUCCUUCACUUCCUUGUUUUUAACUCAUUGCUUUUCCCUCCUUUGGACUUUUUGCUCUUCCAAAGUUGAAGAUGUGUUGUUCGUAGUGUGCCUAAGUCUCUAUGAAUACUCAAUACAAUAUAUGGCAUUCUAAUGAAGUGUUUCAUCUGAAAUCAGAUCAUCUUAAUUUUCCCGUAAGUUUUGAAAUUUCCAGCACCUAAUAGCUCCACCUUUGUGGAUUUGAUUCCUCCAUCUACCAAUCUACUUUAAUGCAAAAGUGGGUUGUACACAAACUUUGAUCCGAUUGGUUCCAGUUAGAGACUCUGUUCUUGCUUCUGUAUUACCCUGGUGUAUGAAUAUUAUAAAUUUACACAGAUUGUACUCUUUAAUCUUUUGAGUCCAUAUAAUGUGUCAUGUAAUAAAACCCUUUGUGGAGGCACUCUUUAUUUGUGAAAAGCUUUAAAGAAUGAACCAGGUCGAAGAUCAUGACACCUGUCAUCAUAUUGUAUGCCCAACUCCAAGCUUGAGCAUUAGUUCCUACCUCCUAUGAAAUUUUAGAGGGUGUCACAGACAUUGACUUGGUAAUCAAUCUGAAACUUCGGGAGGAGGCAAUAAUCGCAAAAUGUCUAGGGAGAAGGAUGUGCAGCGAAUGUGGAGGAAACUACAAUGUCGCGUGCAUUGAUAUAAAGGGAACACAAGGAAGCCCUGGAAUGUAUAUGCCUCCUCUUCUUCCUCCUCCUCAUUGUGAAUCCAAAUUGAUAAUGCGAGCCGAUGACACUGAAGAUGUUGUGAAGGAGCGCCUUCGCAUCUACAAUGAGUUGGUAUUUCACUUGCCUUCAUUGUAAUCCCAUUAUCAAGGUCCUUUUCUUUUUAUUUAUUCAUCAUCAUUAUCAACACCACCUCAACCCAACUAUUAGUGUUGGUGGCAUAAAACUUAUAGCAUCAAUUAACUGUGAAAUUCAUUAACACUAUGACUAUAACUUCAUGCUAAAACUAGAAUAGUAGAAUCACAAUAUUCUUCUAGCACCAUGCCAGCAUAUUACACAUGUUAAAAGCUGAAAAUGGGAAAGAGGGAUUGUUCCCUAAAGAUAUAAAUGUGGAUUGACCCGGUUCCAGCACUUCAACAGAGCAAGACUAGACAGGUAAAGAACCAGACCAGUUUCUGUUUUUACAGUUCUGGUCCAGACCCGGUGCAAACUGGUUCUGAUUCGUCCAAAAUAUGUGCAGGCUCGAUGGUUAUAUGUUUUAUAUAUAUAGACUAAAAAUCGGUCGAGAACUGUGGACCAGACAUGUUGGUUUCAGUUAUGGGCAACAUGGAUUUUGGACUCAGAGUUGGUCGUUCCAGAAAGGGAACUGAAGUACUGAACUGAAUCGGACUGGGGCCAUCGCUAGAUAUAAAAUGGCUAAAGGGUCAAAUAGGCCCUCGAACUAACUUAAAAAGUGCAAAUCACCCCUUAUAUAGGAGGCUCUGUCCGGCCAUUGCCAUUUAGGGCCGGUUCCUGGUGAACUUUUUAUAUGAAAUUUUUUGAGCAUCUUGUUCAUUAAGUCCAGUUCACUCAUACCAAAUUUCAGCUAAAAAUCCAAUCAUGAAGACAGUCAAAUGAAUUUUUGAAGAUAACUGUGCGGUUAAACAGUGCAGUACAUUUCAGAAAAUCAUUUGACUGUCUUCCCGGUUGAAUUUGUAUCUGAAAUUUGGUAUGGGUAAACUAGACUUAAUGAAGAAGAUUCAAAAAAAAUUUCAUCAGAAAAGUCCACCAGUCCACUAGGAACCGCCCCAAAUGGCGACGGCCGGACAGAGCCUCCUAUAUAAGGGGUGAUUUGCACUUUUUAAUUAGUCCGAGGGCCUAUUUGACCAUUUAGCCAUAUAAAAUAUAUAAACAAACAC